AAGAAGCCAGCGUGAGCAAUCUCCUUUAUAGAUUCAGAAGCAGAUUUGUUGUCAUGGAACCCACAAUCUGAGUUGAGGAAUGUCAGGGUAAUCAGUGUAAAGGUAACAGUUUGUUUUUAGUUUCAAAGAUCUGCCCAAAAGAUAGGCUGUGGCUCUUCUUCUGGAAAAGCCUGAUUGGGAGGAUUCCUUCGAGGGCUCAGCCCAAAGUGCUUUAUCCCACCCCCUUGCCAACUUCAAAACUAAAGCUUGCCAACAUCUUCUGGAAGAAAACUUGCUGGUUCCAUCAUUUCACACAAAUGGCUAAUCCUGGAGGUGGUGAUGUUUGCAAUGGGAGUCUUCAUAAUCACAAGAAACAAAGUGACAGCUCGAAAACUGGAAACUGCACAAAGAAUGGGAUAGUGAAAGAAGCCCAGCAAAAUGGGAAGCCACACUUUUAUAAGCCAAUCGUUGAAUCCUUUGAGGAAGCACCUCUUCACGUUAUGGUUUUCACUUAUAUGGGAUAUGGACUUGGAACCCUAUUUGGCUAUCUCAGAGACUUUUUGAGAAACUGGGGGAUAGAAAAAUGCCAUGCAGCCGUAGAGCGAGAAGAACAAAAAAAUUUUGUGCCGCUAUAUCAAAACUUUGAAAAUUUUUACACACGGAACCUUUACAUGAGAAUCAGAGACAACUGGAAUCGGCCCAUCUGCAGCUCCCCGGGGCCUCAGUUCGAUGUGAUGGAGAGGGUGUCAGAUGACUACAACUGGACAUUUAGAUUUACUGGAAGAAUCAUCAAAGAUGUCAUCAACAUGGGCUCUUAUAACUUCCUUGGCCUGGCAGCCAAGUACGAUGAAUCUAUGAAGACAGUAAAGGAUGUUUUAGAGGCAUAUGGACCAGGUGUGGCCAGCACCAGACAUGAAAUGGGCACCUUGGAUAAGCAUAUAGAAUUGGAGAACCUUGUGGCUAAGUUCCUCAAUGUAGAAGCAGCUAUGGUCUUUGGAAUGGGAUUUGCAACUAACUCAAUGAAUAUCCCUGCACUGGUUGGAAAGGGAUGCCUCAUAUUAAGUGAUGAGCUGAACCAUGCAUCUCUGGUGCUCGGGGCCCGACUUUCAGGAGCAACCAUAAGAAUCUUCAAACACAACAACAUGCAAAGCCUCGAGAAGCUCCUGAGAGAUGCUGUAGUCUAUGGCCAGCCUCGAAUUCGCAGAGCUUGGAAAAAGAUUCUCAUCCUGGUGGAAGGCAUCUACAGCAUGGAAGGUUCCAUUGUGCAUCUGCCUCAGAUUGUGGCUCUAAAGAAGAAAUACAAGGCUUACCUCUACAUAGAUGAAGCUCACAGUAUUGGCGCUGUGGGCCCCACGGGUCGAGGUGUUGUGGAAUUCUAUGGAAUGGACCCCCGUGAUAUUGAUGUAUUAAUGGGCACAUUCACCAAAAGCUUUGGAUCCUCAGGAGGUUACAUAGCUGGAAGAAAGGAACUUGUGGAUUAUUUACGGGCUCAUUCACAUAGCGCUACUUAUGCCACAUCCAUGAGCUCCCCAAUAGCAGAGCAUGUCAUCAAAUCAAUGAAAUUCAUCAUGGGACUGGAUGGGACCACACAAGGAUUGCAGAGAGUACGGCAACUUGCAAAAAACACAAGAUACUUUAGACAGAGACUAAGUGAAAUGGGAUUCAUUAUCUACGGCAAUGAGGAAUCACCCGUUGUCCCCCUGCUCCUUUACAUGCCUGCCAAAGUAGCGGCUUUUGCGAGGCAUCUAUUAGACAGAAAAAUUGGGGUGGUGGUUGUUGGAUUUCCGGCUACUCCUCUCGCAGAAGCUCGGGCUCGGUUUUGUGUUUCAGCAGCACAUACCCGGGAGAUGUUAGACACGGUCUUGGAAGCCUUGGAUGAAAUGGGUGAGCUCCUGCAACUGAAAUAUUCCCGGCACAAGAAGUCAGCACGACCUGAACUUUAUGAUGAGACAAACUUUGAACUUGAUGAUUAAGUCUCCUGGUCCUGAAAGGAACCUAAAAACUUGGCCAGAAGACCUCCCUUCUUUCCGCAAAAGGAAUAUAAAUGGAUUUCUCCCCCUUUCUAAGGACAAUUUUGGUUUGUGAACCAGCCGAAUUGAACUGAGGGAGAUAUUGUUGUGUUUUUAAAUAUCACCAGCUUGGGACUGGAAGGACAUAAAUAUGGCUCUAGAUUUUAAGUUUCUCCUCUCCAAGUAUCCUGUAAGAAAUACACACACACACACACACACACUUUUUAGACUUUUUAAUGGCAACGAGCCUGUGUUUUAACUGCUACUGUGCAGUCUCUUUGGUCCAGACCCUUUCAGUAGUUCCAACCAAGUGAGAGGGUUUUGAUUUCUAAUUCAUUGUUUACUUAUUUUAUCUACAGAUGUGUGCAAGGGUGGUGGGAUGUAGCUGAUCUUGUUCUAUCUAUGAAAGCGCCAGCUAGAACUCAUCUUUAUCAUGGCUGGUUGCAAGCAGGAGGGUGAAAAAAUGUUGCUUUUACCAUUUGCCACAUUUGGACUUUUUCCAAGGACAAGUGUCAAAGGCAGAGUUAAUGUUUCCAGGGAAAGAGCAGACCUGGCCAGCAGCGACUAGAGACAUCUUUGAAGGAAGUUUUUUUUUUCCUCUUGCAGGUCUCCUACAGUUUUACAGCUGAGCUAUUGAAGCUUGGAAAAUUUAAGACUUUGUUUCAUAAGGAAGGGGACAGAAAGCAAACACAAGCCAGUUUUAGGCCUAGACUGAAACUGUUAAAUUAUAACUUGAACAUUGAUGGUGCCAUAUAGAAUGAAUGUUUAACAUGCAUAGACUUUAUUCCUUACAGAAUGAAUUGUCAUGUUCCUAUUUAAUUUUGAGUAACUGGUGAUAUUCAAUUUCCUUUAGUGUUGACUCCCGAGACUACCCUUGAGGAAUGGAUUGGUUCAAAAAUGACAUUUUAUUCAACUUUUUCAAAACUGACACCUCCAUGGAAGCCUAUAAGACACAUACACUCCAAUUUGGUGCAAAGUGGGUUUGCACACUAUUGGGCAGCUAAUGUAAUUUGAGUUCUGUCUAUCAGUCUCUGUCAGUGUGAGCACACUGUCUGCAAAAGUAGUCCUUUGUUAAUUGGAUUUAGUUGGGAUGGAAAAAAGCCAAUGGAAAACCUUAUCUUUUACAAGUUCCCAGAUGGUGCCCAGAUUUGGAAAUGAAGGAGCAGUGGUGACCUUUUAGCAAAGCUUCUGUAAUAGUUUGAAUGAAUUAUAGAACAUUCCACGCCAUCAAAUAACACUAUAAACAAAUCACUUCAAGAGAGGCUUGACAUGGUGUGACACAGAUGGACCCAAGCUUUCAUGCUGUGCACUGAGAUCGAAACUCAACUCACAGCAGCAGUGUUGGGUGGAAAAACAUGCCCUAAUGUUCAAAGUUUAUUAAAGAAUAAAGGUGGAUCAAUGCGGAAGGUUUCCUAAUGGGGAAAUGGUAACUCCGCAGUAAGUGUAUCAGUUUAAAAAUCAAACACAAUGAUAGAAUUCCUCGGGAAAAAUUGUAAGGAGAACUAUUCAUGGAAGAAGAAAGGAAGUAUAUCCUGAAAAUUCAGUUACCCCAUCCAGUGAGUGAUUUUUCUAAUUAAAUCCCAAUUCUUAAUGAACUGGUAUGGCAUUUUUUGUGUGUGCAAAUAAAACAGAUGUUGUAUCAACGUGCAAAAGAAAGGAAGGGGCUUAGGUCUUUUUCUUAUAAGUGUGCAUGUAAGUGAAAUUGUUCCUAGUCAUUUGCCCAAAAUGCAUGAAUAUCUUCAGUUCUACAAAAGAAACAGGGUGCAAGGAGGGUAACAGAGUGUCUUGCAGUUCCUUAAGUUAUAGCAAGCAAUAAAUUUUCCCCUUCUAUGAUGUCUAUGAUCGUCACACAUACCUCUACACCUAUCCAUUGAGUUUUAAACCUUUUUAAGGGUGUCUUUGUGAGCAUCAAAUGCCUACAAUAUUAUUUUGUUUCAGUUUAACUCAUGAUAGAAAACUAAUUACUUUUCCACCCUGCAUGGAAGGCAGGAGGGCGAUUACUCCCUCUUCAUCAAGAUUCCAUAGACUUGGCACAAUUUCUUACAUUUUUGAGUAAAAGAUAAAAGAACUGUCUCUGUCAAUAUAUGCUGAAUAUACACUUGUGAAAACGUCAAUCCUAAUGAAAUGUUCCGUGAGCAUGUUAGGAAGAACCCACGUCCGUUUGGACUGGAAUAUCAGAGUGUAUGUCAGAUAAAAUGAGGCUGUUCAAGACAGUGAUUGUGAAUACUGAAAAUUUGUAAUAUUCAUAAGAAAAAGUUUACUGCUAGAUUAA